CCUGCAAUUUUGCCGGAAGCGGGGGCGGGGCCGGAAGCCUACGCAAGUCCGGCGUCCUCCGCUGUGCGGCUUAGCGAAGUGAAGAUGGCGGUCUCCAGGUGGGUCCGUGUGGCCCUUCUCCUGCUUUAUGCCUCUGACAUCUUGCUGCUGCUGCGGUCCCCUGGGGUUUGCGCAGCCGAGGACCCGGCCGGGACGCCCAGCGAGGCAACACCACCUCCACGGAAGAAGAAGGACAUUCGCGACUACAAUGAUGCGGACAUGGCGCGUCUUCUGGAACAGUGGGAGAAAGAUGAUGACAUAGAAGAAGGAGAUCUUCCAGAGCACAAGAGACCUCCGGCACCUGUUGACUUCUCCAAGAUAGAUCCAGGCAAGCCAGAAAGUAUCCUGAAGAUGACAAAGAAAGGGAAGACACUCAUGAUGUUUGUUACUGUAUCCGGGAGCCCAACUGAGAAGGAAACAGAGGAAAUCACGAGCCUGUGGCAGGGCAGCCUCUUCAAUGCCAACUAUGAUGUACAGAGGUUCAUCGUGGGAUCAGAUCGGGCCAUUUUCAUGCUUCGGGAUGGGAGCUAUGCCUGGGAGAUCAAGGACUUUUUGAUCAGCCAGGACAGGUGUGCUGAUGUCACUCUGGAGGGACAGGUGUACCCUGGAAAAGGAGGGGGAAGCAAAGAGAAAAACAAAACAAAGCAAGAGAAGGGCAAAAAAAAGAAGGAAGGGAAUUCAAAAUCACGAGCCUCAAAGGAAGACAACCGAGCUGGAAGUCAGCGAGAAGACCUGUGACAGUGCUGCUCCCUGAGGAACAGAGGGACAGGGGAACCCUUUGCUGGACUCACAGGUAGGGUGGAUACUACACACCUGGUGAUGUUCUUAUUUCUUCAAAGAGUCAGCCACAUACUGUUGGUGAAGCCUUCAGGGAUGGAGGCAGAGAUUUCCUGAUUAAUAGCAGACACCAACAGAUUCAUGUUCACUCCAGAGUCACGGACCAAGGAACCUGACUGUUUCACUUUCCCAUUAGACCUGGUGGGUCAUUGAAUGCCAAGACUGCUGCCUCGCCAUGCUGCUCUGCUCUGGUGGCUUGCUGUGUCUGCUUCUGAUUUUCUGUUAACCAAAAAGAUAGCAGGUUUUGAUCCAACAAGCUUUUAAACAUCUCGACUUCGUCAAGUGAAACUAUUGAGCUGCAACUGUCAUUUUCCUCACAGUGAAAGUAAAGUGAGCUGUGAUGUUUGUGUCACCAGGAAGCCAGGUGUGUGAACCCAUCUAUGCAGGAAAUACAGGAGCGGAAGCAAUGCCACUCAGUGGGUACUUAGGAGGUCGCUAACUGAAGUUCCUGUCCUCAGCUGGAGGGAACUCUUGCUGUCUGUCCAGUCAUGUGGCUUUAUGGAGGACGGAGUGAGACUGCUGUAAAGUAUGUGAGUGGGACCAGCAGAACCCCAAGCACGUGUAGCAGAAGACAUGACAACCUCAUUUACAGUGUUCUAGACAUUUCCUUUGAUAAAGUGCCUAAACUUGUGUUUUUGUAUGGUACUAACUUGAUGUGCUGCCAUUCAUGUCAAAAUUUUCCCGUUCAUAUAUUGGAGCUGACUCCGAAUAAGAGGACAUUUAUAUGCAGACCUCCAUUUUAGGAGUUUAAAUUCUUUUGGGAAAAAAAAACCUCAAUUAUGGUUUUAAGGCAUUUAAAAUUACACAUGUACGUGUAUGUGCUUAGAAAAUAUUACUGUUAAAGGGUGGUUAAAAAGUGGAAACUGUCCAUACAGUGCCACCAGUACCUGUCCCUUGUCCCAGUGGAGCCACUUUAUAAUUUGUUUUAAAAAAAGAGAAACAUUUGCCAGCUCACAGUGUGCUUUGGCCUUGAUCAUCUGCCUCCCUAGACUCUGAUAACCGUGUCCUUUUGCUGCUGUGAGCCACACCUCUGCUUCUCCCUCCAUCUCAGCUGGGAGUGCAGUGCACUGCAGGCUGCAGUUUGUGAGACCCAGGCCUGGGCAGCAGGCCCUGUCAGCUCAUCCUGGGGUUGUGCUUGAGUUCCCUCGGAGCAUCCUGGGAGGAUGAGAGGCUGGAGCAGUUGCAGCCACCUUGCUCGAUGUUUGAGGAUGGAGCUGUCACAGGUAGCAGGAGAAGCAGGUGCAGUGCCACAUCCUGGUGUUCACCUGAAAUAAGCCCUGUCCCUCAAUUUUUUAGAGUAAUUUGCUGGGUUUUGUACCCAUAACAGUCCAGCAUGGAGUUAACUGCUGGUUAGUUUUAAUUAAGCAGGAAGGAUGGGGCCUCCCCACUGCCGUAUAGCAGUGCCCAAUUCAACACACAUCUCUGUGCCUGCUUCCUGCCUCCAGGGUCUGAGUGUCUGCAGGUUGCCAUGCACUGCUGGGACAGUCAGGUAGAGCCAUGCUGUGGUGGAUCUUUGGUCAGAUGGUCAUUGCAGAAGUGGAAAAGAAGUAGUGGGGCAGAAUCCCACUUGAGAGGUCAGAGAGGCCCGAUAGAGGCACAGGAACAGAAGGAAUAGAGGAAUAAGGCAAGGGAAGUAGUCUGUGCAAUACCCAGUGGCUAGAAGCAGCAGUGAGUGGGACUGCUGGAAGCCUCCAAGAAUGCUGGGGCACACAGGGCUGGGCUCAAGGGGCAGCCAUGUACAGAAGAAUUGCUGGGAAGGGGCCCUCAUAGUGUGAGGCACUCAGGAGGGUCUCGGUAGUUCAGUGCAGGGAAGCAGCAUGAUGAGGUCUGAGCCCACAGCGGGAUGCUUGGGUUCGUGCUUUCAGGCUAGUAUAUUGUAGUGAACAUUUGUUACACUACUUCAGUCAACUUUUAUGUAUCUGACAGGAAAAUUCCUGGCAGUGGAAUUAUUAAGACAAAACUAACAUUUUGGUGUUUAUUGCCAAACUGCUUUUCUAGGUGGUCUUGUCAGUGUAGCCUUGUCAGCAGUCGACCUCCUGUCCUCGCCAGACCUGGGCACCAUUCUUGCCAGUUCAGUGUGUGGUAAAACCAGAUCUUCUCAGCCCUUUGGCCCUUGUGGAGUCCACCUUUGCCAGCCCAUCACAGCUGUGCUGGAGAGAGUUCGGUGUUUUCUGCCUCACCAUUCUGACACCCCAGGGAAGAGAUGCCCUGUCUCCCGAACCUGAACCGCUCUGCAGACUCAAGAGCAGAGGAAAACUCAGGUUUCUGAUCAGUUCGUCUUCAUGCUUUUGGUAUCUUGUGACCUAAUAAAUUUGGAUGAUGUAAUCAA